AUAUGAAUAAAAAUGAUCAAGCUCAAUUUAUGAUUACUCCUUGGCUUUAUGAUUCACUAAAUAACCAACAAUACGAACAAUUAUAUUAUCUUACCCCAGAAAUGAAGACAGAAUGUGAACACGAACUAAAUAUAUACUUAACUUCAAUUUUAGAAGAACUUAUUACUGAAAAAAGCCAAGAAGUAAAUACUAUUAAUCAACUUAUAACAAAUCAAAAGGGCGCUGGAAGUCAUUCCAAAUGGUGCAAAAAAUGUAAUAUGACUAAUAUAGAUAAUAAAAAACGGAAUUAUCCUAAGUGUAACGAAAAAUUAGAUACGUUAGCCACUUUGCAAGCCGAAUCUACUAACGAAUUUAAUAAGGAUAUAACUUCACAAUCUGGAGCUCCCAUAAUAAAGACUUAUGAAUAUGCUCAAGAUCCAAGAACUUCUCAUUUAGAGCAUAUUAGCAUUACACAACAAUCUAACCCCGAUCAAGUUGUUAUUCCAGAAAUGCAU